AAUUUUCUUUUUUUCUUUUAAAAAAACAGGAACAUUCUGGCUGUGUUCUCCGUUUUCCAAUAAAUAACGAAUAUUCAUUGGGAGUACCCAUAAUUCAUUCCAGAAAGCUGAAAGGCUAAAGCAAAUCUUGACUGAAAAAAUUAAUGGAGAAAAUGGAAGGAGUUGAAGAAUUCUUGAAGAAAUGCAAAGAAUCUGGUGAUGCAGCGUAUACUGAACUACGAUCACUUCUUGAAAAGUUGGAGGAUCCUAAAACUAGAGUUGAUGCGCGAAGAUUCUUCUCCUUGCUGCAGAAACAUUUUCAAUCUCUUGCUCUUUCUCCGGAGGAUUGUUUCGAUGCUUACCAUUUCAAAAUCAAUGACGUUCAUUUGGAGCAUUCUUCAGGGCUUCAGAAAAGGAAAAAGUUAACAAUGCUGGUAAUUCCUAGCAUUUUUAUGCCAGAAGAUUGGUCUUUCACAUUUUAUGAAGGGUUGAAUAGGCAUCCUGAAUCCAUUUAUAAGGAUAAGGUAGUAGCUGAGCUUGGGUGUGGAAAUGGAUGGAUAACUAUUGCUAUUGCUGAAAAAUGGUCGCCUUCAAAGGUGUAUGGCCUGGAUAUAAAUCCUAGAGCUGUAAAGAUUUCAUGGAUUAACCUAUACUUAAAUGCGUUGGAUGAGAAUGGCCAACCCAUUUAUGACGCAGAGAAGAAGACUCUACUGGACAGAGUGGAAUUUCAUGAAUCUGACCUUCUUGCUUAUUGUAGAGACAACAAUAUAAUGCUUGAAAGGAUUGUUGGCUGCAUACCACAGAUUCUUAAUCCUAAUCCAGAUGCGAUGACCAAAAUGAUCACAGAAAAUGCAAGUGAAGAGUUUCUCUAUUCUCUCAGCAACUAUUGUGCGCUGCAGGGUUUUGUUGAAGAUCAAUUUGGCUUAGGUUUAAUUGCAAGGGCAGUUGAGGAGGGAAUUGCAGUUAUUAAACCCACUGGGAUUAUGAUUUUUAACAUGGGAGGCAGACCAGGACAAGCUGUUUGCAGACGUCUGUUUGAACGUCGCGGUUUUCAUGUUAAUAAGAUUUGGCAAACAAAAGUUGUUCAGGCAACGGAUACAGAUAUAUCAGCUUUGGUUGAGAUCGAAAAGAACAGCCCACACCGCUUUGAAUUCUUCAUGGGACUCACAGGAGAUCGACCUAUUUGUGCUCGAACAGCAUGGGCUUAUGGGAAAGUUGGAGGCUGUAUCUCUCAUUCUAUUUCUGUUUACAGUUGUCAACUUCGUCAACCUAACCAGGUGAAGACUAUUUUUGAGUUUUUGAGAGAUGGCUUUAAAGAUAUAAAUAACUCUUUGGAUUUGUCCUUUCACGAUGAUGCUGUAGCUGAUGAAAAGAUUCCAUUUCUUGCAUAUCUUGCAAGUGCUCUUAAAGAGAAUUCAUACCAUCCUUUUGAGUCACCAGCUGGUAGUAGACGCUUCCGAGAUCUUGUAGCAGGAUUCAUGAAAACGUACCAUCACGUUCCAUUAACUGCCAAGAAUGUGGUUGUAUUCCCUUCAAGGACUGCAGCAAUUGAGAAUGCUUUACGGUUGUUUUCUCCAAAUCUUGCUAUUGUAGAUGAGCAUUUGACCCGACACCUUCCUAGGCAAUGGAUGACUUCUUUGUCAAUUGAGAAGAGAGACUCUUGUCACGCUUCAGAAGAUGUGGUUACAGUUAUUGAGGCUCCACGUCAGUCUGAUCUGAUGGUUGAGUUGAUUAAGAAACUUAAACCUCAGGUCGUGGUUACUGGCAUGGAAAACUUUGAGGCUGUUACCAGUACAGCCUUCGAGAAUUUAUUGGAUGUCACAAGAGAAAUUGGUUCACGCCUUUUCUUAGACAUAUCUGACCACUUUGAGCUGUCAAGCCUUCCUAGUUCCAAUGGUGUCCUGAAAUAUCUUGCUGGCAAUUCUCUACCUUCACAUGCUGCCAUUGUCUGUGGUCUUGUGAAGAAUCAGGUUUAUACAGAUCUUGAAGUAGCGUUUGUGAUUUCAGAAGACGAAACUAUUUUUCAGGCUCUAGCAAGAACAGUUGAACUUCUUGAAGGAAAUACUUCAUUGAUUAGUCAAAACUAUUAUGGCUGUCUUUUCAAUGAACUCCUUUCAUUUCAGCUAGCUGAUCGACAUCAACGUGCAGUGAGAGAAUGUGAUAAGAACAGUUCCAAUGGACUGAUUGGGUUUGCCAGCUCUGCUAUCUCAGUCUUCAGCAAUUCCGAGCUGUCGAUAAAUGGAGGAGACAACACUUCCCUAAUUCACAUGGACGUUGAUCAAAGUUUCUUGUCAUUGCCCUUACCUGUAAAAGCUGCUAUUUUUGAGAGUUUUGCUCGGCAGAACCUGUCCGAGUCUGAGACAGAUGUGACAAGCGGCAUCAAGAAAUUUAUCAAGAGCAAAUACGGUUUCCCAACGAACAAGAGCACAGAUUUCUUGUACUCUGACUAUUGCUUGGGUCUAUUUAACAAGCUGCUGCUUUGCUGUAUUCAAGAAGGUGGCACAUUUUGCUUUCCUGCUGGAUGUAACGGGAACUAUGUAGCUGCUGCAAGGUUCAUGAAAGCCAAUAUUGUUAGUAUUGCGACACAGGCUGAUGCUGGGUUUAAAUUAACUAAGGAUGUACUGAACAAGGCACUGGAGUCCGUCAAUAAACCAUGGGUGUAUAUUUCUGGCCCUACUACUAACCCAACUGGAUUGUUGUACAGCAAUCAGGAAAUUGAAGAACUAUUAUCUGUAUGUGCGAAUUUUGGUGCAAGGGUUCUGAUUGACACAUCUUUCUCAGGGUUAGAAUUUGACACCGACAAUUGGGAUACCUGGAAUUUGGAGCCCACUUUAACAAAGCUCUAUUCCUCUGCCAAUGCAUCUUUCCGUGUUUCUCUCCUUGGAGGUCUGUCACUGGAGAUGCUUACUGGAGGGCUGACCUUCGCAUUCCUAGCUGUGGAUCAGUGUCUAUUUUCUGAGACAACUAAUGGUUUUGCUGGUCUAACCAAACCUCAUAGUACUACCAGAUAUGCUAUGAAGAAGUUGUUGGCUCAGGCUGAACAAGAAACUGGUAACCUUUCUAAAUUCGUUACAGAACAUAAGGAGGUCCUGAAAAAUAGGUCUCAGCGCUUGAGAGAGACGUUGCAGAAGUGUGGAUGGGAAGUGCUUCCAUCCCAAGGUGGCGUCUCUAUGGUAGCCAAGCCUAUAACUUAUAUUGGGAAGCAUGUUAAAGUUGGCAAUGCAGCUAGUCAAACAGUUGAGCUUACAGAUGCUACGAUUCGAGAAGCCAUUUUAGCAGCCAACGGUUUAUGCAUUAAUAGUGGCUCUUGGUCUGGAAUUCCCGGUUACUGUCGCUUCACCAUUGCUUUACAAGAAGAUGAAUUUGAGCAAGCAUUGGACUGCAUCACCAAAUUCAAGGAUCUAUUGGCUUAAAUUGUACUAUGAUUGUAUUAAUUGUAUUCCUUAGCUCUCAAUAAUCUUCAAAAUCUGUACUAAUUUUUUUGCACCAAAAGCAAUACAUAUAGUGUGUAUUGCAUGACUUAGUUGUCAUGCUUAUGUUUUGGUGCAAAUAUUUGCUUCCUUGGAUGAAAUUCCAAGUGAGAAGAAUCCAUCAAUGUAAUGGUUCAUACAUAAUGAUCCACUUUGAUUUAUAAGGUGAACAUAUUCUCUAUGUUAUUUUUA